AUGAAGACGAGCGUUUUGACGACGACAAACGCAACAAGCUCGCCUGCCGCCGGCAGUGCCCUCCCUCUGAAAGCAGCUCAGAGACCAGGCACGAUCUCGCGUAAGAGCAAGGGUGAAUUGCUCUCGAUUGCUCUGCCCGCCAACGGCUUCGCCAGUUCGCUCGCCAGCCCGCCGCAGUCAAGCGGACCUGUCUCGCCACAGAUGCAGCGAAGUACAGAGAGAGAACGCUCAGCUUCGAGCGCGAGCACGGCCAGUCUCGCUUCGAGCUACCAAGCCCAGCAAAAUCAGUAUCAUCGCACACAGCAGGCAGCGAUAGGUAGCAGCAGACAGCAGCAGCAGCAGCAGCAGCAACAACAGCCCACCUCGUACCGUCAACUCCGAUCUGGUGGUCCCCUCACGCCUGGCUCGGAAUCCAUCAUGUCAGCCUCUCAGUCGAGCAUCGGUUUCGGCGACCGGCAAGGUCAGGCAACCCCCUCUCACGCAGGCACGACACGUAGCAGUCAUCCAAGUGCCAACUUCUACCGCGCCACGUUAGCAGAGAUUCAUCAGGUCCUAUAUAGCGGCAGCUCGGUCGAGCGUGAGGAUAUCAUAGAGACCGUGGAGAGAUGCUACGAGACUGCGGCUGUGUUUGAGAAUCCGUUGACGAGAGCAGAGGGCAAACAAAGCAUCGCAGAUCAGUUCCAGCUGCUUGCUCUCCUGCCCGGUACCGUCUGGUCAGAGCUCAACGAUGUCUGUGAGCGCGAAUCCUUUGAUGGCAAUCGCGUCCUGCUGCUGUCCCAUACACUCAAUCUGGCGCUCCUCCCGAGCAUGCACGAAGCCCUCAACGGCAACUAUGGCGUCCGGUAUGCCAAUCCAUCCUAUCCGCCUACACCGUGGUCGUCGAUGACACCGGCAACCCGCACGCCUGCGCCAGGUACACCCAUUCGUGCUUCGUUUGCCGAAUUUCGCUCUCCGGAGCACGAAGAGGCCCCGAUGGCAGCGAGGCCAUGGCCGAUACGCGCUGCGGUAUCGCUUUUUCAUCCGAAACGCAUCGUGUCUGCUCUGACGUCCGUGCAGCUCAAGGUCGUCACUCGCCUCGAGUUCAACGAGGCCGGCAGAAUCACGUUUCACGAGGAUACGUGGGGAAUCAAGGAAGCUAUCGAGGGCUUGAUACCUGUGAUCGGAUCAGUCUAUUACUUUGAGCGCAAGCUAGCCGGCGUGCUUUCGUCGGGUCUCAGUCGCGUCCUGUUCCGCACCCGACCACUAGAAGAAGACACCGCAAGUCAGUACGAGGAAGACCAACUGCGCGCUGCCGAGCACUUCGCAAACACCGUCAACGGCGGUCUGCGGUAUAGCGACAAAAAUUCGCCCUUGCACUCCCGCAAAACCUCUCUUUCUGCCAAUGGAGGCCUCUUUGACGUGCGGGCCCGCCAAUCCGGUAGCAGGACUAAUCUCUACGGGCUCGGCGUCAACAGGAGCGAAGGCAUCAGUCCUGGCUCGGACGGCGAGGCAUGA